ACUUCGGAAGGGUCUCGAACUGUUAUAGAUUAUAUGUUUCUGAAGAAUAUAUUACUACACCAGUCGGCCCUCUACCCCUUUUCAUUAGCAGAUGUUUCUGAAAAACAUACCUCAGUCUGAACUGCCGGUAUUGGGAAACUCCUAAUCCACUGGGUGAAUUGUGUAAACAGUUUUGUUCUUCGGGUUUUGUCAGGGAUUUGUAUGAAAGAUGUAGAUUUGAGCUACAACAAAUCCCAGGGAUUUGUAUGAAAGAUGUAGUAGAUUUGCUGCUGAUCUCCUUUCUAUCUACAAACUUCCUCUGAGCUAUAUAAAUCCAUACUAGAGGAAUUGGACGUCCAAAUCAAAUUAAAGAUUAAACUAAUCUAGGUCAGUAUGAUCAGCAUUUUCGGGUUUACUCUACUGUCUCUCUUUCUCAGUUCGUAUGCACGCACCGCCGUGCCAAAGUUUCACCAGAAACCUGCUUCAGUGGUUCAGUCGGUCACCGUCGGUAAAUCUGGGUCCAGGAACUUCACCACUGUACAGGAAGCCAUUGAUUGGGUCCCUGCUAACAACAAACAGUGGGUCCGAAUACAUGUUAAACCUGGAACAUACAAGGAGAAAGUGACCGUACCUAAAGACAAGCAGUUCAUCUAUCUCGAAGGUGAAGGUGAAGGAAGAGCGUUGAUCGAGUGGGAUGAUCAUGGGGGUGCCGACAACUCUUCCACCUUCACAUUGUGGGCUGAUAAUUUUCUUGCAUCGCAUAUAACUAUCAAGAACACACACGAUCUCGGUCCUGGAGGUGCUAAUACCGUUGAUGUGGCACCGGCUAUUCUGAUUUGGGGAGAUAAAGCAGCGUUCUAUGGCUGCAGAUUUUAUGGUGUGCAGGAUACACUCAGUGACCUGACAGGCCGUCAUUUUUUCCAGUCAUGCUACAUCGAGGGCGCCGUGGAUUUCAUAUGGGGUUACGGUCAAUCUCUGUAUGAGGGUUGCAAUAUAAUCUCCACAGCAGCCAACCUCGGCGCUGGAGGACUUACCGGUUUUGUAACGGCCCAAGGGCGAGAAAGGGCAAGCGAUACGAGUGCUUUCGUGUUCAAGGGUGGCUCGGUGAAUGGAAAGGGACUCACGUAUCUCGGGAGAGCUUACAGGGCGUACUCGACAGUAAUAUUUUCUGAGACCUACUUCGGCAGUGUCAUCGUGUCGCUGGGCUGGGAUGCCUGGCAUCAAUCUAAACAAGUGGAUAAGAUCACUUUCGUCGAGUCCAACUGCAAAGGACCGGGAUCUAGUAUGUCUGGUCGAGUGAACUGGAUCGACAAACUAAGUACUGCACAACUGGAUAAGUAUUUGGAUCGUGCUAAGUUCAUAGACCAAGACGGUUCGUAUGCACGCACCGCCGUGCCAAAGUUUCACCAGAAAUCUGCUUCAGUGGUUCAGUCGGUCACCGUCGGUAAAUUUGGGCCCAGGAACUUCACCACUGUACAGGAAGCCAUUGAUUGGGUCCCUGCUAACAACAAACAGUGGGUCCGAAUACAUGUUAAACCCGGAACAUACAAGGAGAAAGUGAACGUACCUAAAGACAAGCAGUUCAUUUAUCUCGAAGGAGAAGGUCAAGGAAGAGCGUCGAUCGAGUGGGAUGAUUAUGGGGGUGCCGACAACUCUUCCACCUUCACAUUGUGGGCUGAUAAUUUUCUUGCAUCGCGUAUAACUAUCAAGAACACUCACGAUCUCGGUCCUGGAGGUGCUAAUCCCGUUGAUGUGGCACCGGCUAUUCUGAUUUGGGGAGAUAAAGCAGCGUUCUAUGGCUGCAGAUUUUAUGGUGUGCAGGAUACACUCAGUGACCUGGCAGGCCGUCAUUUUUUCCAGUCAUGCUACAUCGAGGGCGCCGUGGAUUUCAUAUGGGGUAACGGUCAAUCUCUGUAUGAGGGUUGCAAUAUAAUCUCCACAGCAGCCAACCUCGGCGCGGGAGGACUUACCGGUUUUGUAACAGCCCAUGGGCGAGAAAGGGCAAGCGAUACGAGUGCUUUCGUGUUCAAGGGCGGCUCGGUGGACGGAAAGGGACUCACGUAUCUCGGGAGAGCUUACAGGGCGUACUCGACAGUAAUAUUUUAUGAGACCUACUUCGGCAGUGUCAUCGUGUCGCUGGGCUGGGAUGCCUGGCAUCAAUCUAAACAAGUGGAUAAGAUCACUUUCGUUGAGUCAAACUGCAAAGGACCGGGAUCUAGUAUGUCUGGUCGAGUGAACUGGAUCGACAAACUAAGUACUGCACAACUGGAUAAGUAUUUGGAUCGUGCUAAGUUCAUAGACCAAGACGGGUGGAUCGGAGCACAACCAACUCACAACUGA